GCCAUACUUUAAGCCUACAGUCUGAGAAGGAAUUGCUCAGUACACUGUGACUCACCUGUGGUCAUGGCUACUUUAUCUUCCCCAGAAGUGAGACUGCUGCUUCUCACAGUGCUGUUCUUGAUGAUCAGUGCUGACGCAAAAGAGAAGAAAACGAAAACACUGAGAAGAACAAAAAGGGAAUGGCUCCCUCCACCUGCCAAGCUGAAGGAGAACACUAAUUACACCCAUCGGGAGUUCAUUGCAAAGAUUCGCUCUGACAAAGAUAAAGAUUCGAAGGUGGAAUAUUCCCUGAUAGGAGCAGGAGCUGACAAACCACCUUACAACCUGUUUGUGGUGGACCACAACACCGGAUUUAUACGCAUUACUGAUAUACUGGACAGGGAAAAAUAUCCAUCCUACAAUCUAACAGGUGUAGCUACAUUCAAGAGUGGGACAAAAGCAGAGGAAAACAUUCCCUUGACUAUUACUGUAGAGGACCUAAAUGAUAAUGCUCCAUAUUUUUCCCUGCACCAAGGCAACGUCACAGAGGAAAGCAAAAAAGGAACCUUUGUUAUGCAAAUCGAAGCUAAAGAUGAUGAUCAAGCUGGAACAAUAAAUGCAGAGAUCGUCUACAGCAUUGUUAGUCAAGAACCAGUAGGCAGAGGUCACAUGUUCACUAUAGACAGAAAGACAGGAAAAUUAUAUGUAAAAGAGCCCACACUGGACAGAGAGACACAUGACUUCUACAAGGUUGUUAUUAAAGGAACUGAUUUGGGAGGUGCACCGGGGGGGAAAACAGGGACAGGAACUGCGGAGAUCCGAGUCCUGGACAUCAAUGACAACAUUCCCAUUCUAGAAAAGUCUGAGUACGACGGCUCAGUGGAUGAAAAUGUUGCCGAUGUGGUUGUGAUGAGAAUCAAAGCUCUGGACAAAGACCUUAAACCCACAGACAAUUGGCUGACUGUGUUUACAAUUGCCAAAGGAAAUGAAGACAACCUGUUUUCAAUUGAAACAGACAAAGAAAGAAAUGAGGGCAUACUGAAGCUGAUUAAGGCAGUGGAUUUUGAAGAAGUACAGAAUCUUGAGCUGGGCCUAAUCAUUGAAAAUGUAGCCCCUUUUGUAGUUGGUGGCCCUGUGCAAAUGGAUGUGGAUGUUCAGGUUGGAGAAGGGGGUCCUCUGGCUGCUGGAGCAGGGGUUGGAGCUGGAGCCGGAGUUGGAGCUGGUGUUGGAGUUGGAGCUGGUGUUGGAGUUGGUGUGGAUGUGGAUGUAGGAGCUGACCUGGGGCUAGACCUGGGCUUGGAUGUGGAUUUGAAUGUAGAUCUGGAUGUUGGGCUGGAUGCUGACCUUGAAGCUGAACUGGAUGCAGGCGUGGAUGCAGGCCUUAAACCACAGGCAGGAGCUGGCCCUGGAGUUGGACUUAAGCCUGGUGUUGGACUUAAGCCUGGUGUUGGACCUGGUGUAGGUGUGGGGCUUAAGCCAGGCAUUAGGCCAGGACCAAGACCCAAGCCUAAGCCAACUGCACCAGGAAAAAGCUAUCCUAUAAAAAUAGCUGUAAAUAAUGUGCCCGAGGGUCCUGCAUUUAUACCCAACACCAAGAAAGUACCUGUAUCUGAGGAUCCAAAUGAGGCACCAGAAGAUGGUGUGAUUGCUGCAUUUCCAGCUGUUGAUCCAGACACAGGAAAACCAGCUGAUGAUGUCAGCUAUGCCAAAGCUUAUGAUCCAGAUAACUGGUUUACUAUUGACGAAGAGACAGCUGAGAUUAAACUCAACAAACUACCAGACAGAGAGUCACCCUUCCUAGAGAAUGGUACCUAUUUUGCCAAGAUUUUGGCAAUAUCAAAAGACAUGCCAGCAAAGACAGCCACAGGAACAAUAGCCAUUCAAGUCACUGACUCCAAUGACCACUGUCCCACUUUGACCACUGCUUACAGCAGUCUAUGCUCUGAUGAAAAGACUGUGUAUGUUACUGGCUUUGAUGAAGAUUUCAGUCCAAAUGCUGCUCCAUUCACUUUUCAAAUCAUACCUGAAGGUACUCAAGGCCAGUGGGAUAUAGAAGUCAUCAAUGAAACAACAGCUGCUCUUCAUUCUCAAGAGGCAUUGUGGCCUGGCACAUAUAACCUCCAAGUAGAGGUGAAGGAUGCUAAGGGUCUGUCCUGCCACGGGAAUGAGGUGUUUACUGUGGAUGUCUGUACCUGUGUGGGAAAAGAAGACUGCAGAUCAAAGGCAACCAGAAAACAAGCCAGUUCAUCUGAAUUCUCUACACAGGCCAUUGGCCCAAUCAUAACAGCUAUGUGCUUAUUGCUGAUGAUCCCUCUGCUGCUGGUGUACUGUCAGUGUGGAGGAGCAAACACUAUCUUCUCAGACCAAUUUAGUGAUCUGCCAUUUGACACUAAAGAGCAUCUAAUAAACUAUCAAACUGAAGGCUUAGGAGAGGAUAAGGAAAUUCCCUUUCAUUUGGUCCCUGUGAAGUGUGGCACCCAGCAAAUAACUGAGGCAGUACCAGGACCAAAUUUCAACACUGUCUCAUCAGCAUUCAUAGAAAAACUUCAGAACCAAACCUGCAUCUAUAAUGAAUUAGGUCAAAUGAUUCAGCAAACCUCCCCAAAAAUUGUGGACACUAACGACACCUAUAGGUUUUCAACUGAGUUAUAUAAUCAGAACAAUGAAACUGACACUUUCAGCCGAAAAAUGCAAAACAUUCAACAAACAAUAAGUCUUUUUGAGGACAUGGCCCUUCCUGAUGCAAUACUCCACGACUACUUCUCCCAGAAAUCUGUAUUUGCGGUGCCAGCGGAAGACAGCCUGUUGAAAUAUGACUAUGAGGGCGAGGGCGACUCUGCUGGUUCAGUAGGGAGCGGCUACCUCUUAGACCCUGACAAUGACCUGAACUUUCUCACAGACCUGGGACCAAAUUUCAGAACUCUUGCCGACAUCUGUUCCCCUCUUACAUUAACAUCAAAAACUUUAGUGACACCAAAGGCAUCAGGAUCUGUCAAAACCACAACUAAUAUAAUUGAGCCUGUCUUUAAGCCUAAAUUUGACAAUGCAUUUCAGACAAAGCAUGUUGAUGUAGAAACUGAAAAAGUAGUAUCAUCUGCAGAUGUCAUUCAGUCUUCUGUCAGUACAGUAACAAAAGAGUCAACAACCACAACUCUCCCUCACUCCAGUACUACUAGCAUUCGUCAUUCUGCAAAAGUAUCUUAUCCACCUCAAACAGUCGUAUUACAGCAGCCGCCAGUUUACUACACCACUAGCCCUGCACUACAACCAAUGCAAUAUAUAGUUCAACCAGAUGUUCAGAAUAAUUUUGUGCUGGGGAAUGGAACCCAUGGAAACAAUUUUCCAGGCUUCUAUGUAAUCCAUGAUCCAAAGAGUCUGCCUGGACUUGGUUUUGGAAGUACCCAAAGCUCCCUUUCAGGGCUAGUUAUCCAGGACACUGAGGGCCCUAAAAGCCCUGCUAGCCCUACAGGUUCACUCAGAGCCACUGUGCCGCUACCUAGUCAAGCUGUGUCCCAGGCCUAUGUAGGAAGAUCCACAUUUUGGGGGCAAAAUCUUGGCAGUAAUUAUGUGUUACUCAAGGAUAAGGUACAGGAGUGGGACCCAGGUUCACCUCAAGGCAUUUUGCCUAGAGAUGCUAUCCUGGUACAAAAGGCUGCUACCCCUCAGGGGGUUUUAGGCUUGGCAGCCCAGGAUAAUGUAUGUAUUUAUUUUUUAGUCAAGAAGGCUAAUGGUGAUGGUGUUGUGCUAAAAUUGUAUUCAGGACAAAUUAGUUUUCCACAGAAAGGAGAAAUAGGCUUUGGGUCUUUCAAUAUGUUGAAAUCUCUCACUAAGCAGCCAAAAAUGCGGAUGGGCUGUAUGGAGGCAGUGACACCAAAAGGCAGACAAAUUAAAAUUUGGUUAUGUAAAGAAAGAAUUAAUAAACUUAUUAUUAAUAAGUUGCAUAGAAGCUUUCAGCUUAACCAAGCAAUUCAAACAUGUUGUAUUCUAUUAUAUCGGCAAGAGCUUUCAGUAGAUGUCCAAACAUAUUCCACUAGGUUUGAUGGUAACAGUGAUUCUAAGAGAAAGACUUCUAAUAUGAUUGAAGAAAUUGUUCAAAUGAAAUUGCCAGAAAAAGAGGAUCUUCAAGAGACAAUCAUAGUUAAAAUUGCUGGCAAUACCUGCAUAAAAGCUUUUCAAAGCCAAGAAUCAGAACUAUCUUUACUUAAAAUGCCCAGUAAAAGUAUACACAUAGACUUGGCAUUUUUCUCAUUUUCUUCCAUUACAAGCUGUAACUUUAAUAUAAGUAUGAUGAGAUUUUGUGUGAUGGAGCUACACAAAUCUGAACCCAGAAUUGUGGUGACUGUAUAGAGCUGUAGAGAUGUUUAUCUGCUGAACAUACUGUAGAACAUAGAAUUUGAUAAUUAAGGUUUUCUUUUCAGAAUGUUAAUGGUACAUGGAUCUUCAAAUGUAUUUUAAAAGUGUAGUCAGUGUCAGUGCUAAUGUCAGUGCAAAGACAUAUACGUUUAUUUUUGUUGUUAGGGGACAAUUCAAUGCAUUUAUUAUGGGAUUGAUUUUACUUGCACAUACCUUGGUGUACUUUAUGUUUCUCUCAAUCAAGGAGAUAGAGUAUUUGAUCUUUUGAGACUGUAGUAAUAUUGCUUUCAGUCCAAAAAAAUAUUUUUACUUUAGGUAUUCACCUAAAGUCAGUUUGUGAGCAAAUAUUCUGACUAAAGAAGGUUCAGUAAAACUGUUCCAGUUGGUGACUCCUACCCUGUUUGAAAUUUGAAUUUAACUGACUUAUUAUUAUCAGUAUAACAUUUAGGUGUCAAGGAGCUGCUUCAUGUUUCUUAAUGCUAUUUUCUGUGAACGAUAACUGAUAAGCUGUGUGCACUAUCCUAUGCUGCCUGGGUAUUAUAUGCUUUAUAGAAUGCUCAUUUAAAAUUAACAUGAGAGAGAAGUGACCAUGUGUUUUUUUUUCUUUUUUAAUAACAGCUAUAUUCAUUUUUCAAUAAACAAUUAUUUUCUCUUCUGCA